CCCGUUCUAAUGUGCUCCCCUCACCCUGUCCCUUACAUGCGUAUCCCAGCAAGGCCACUUCUAGCGAAGCUGCUACUUUGUAAAGCCGAUGCUUGCGAAGCUGCUCGUAGCGUAACGUCUGACGCAAAACAGGCAGCCGGGACAGCCUGUGUGACAGAUUUGAUUUUAUAGGCGACUAAAAGAUCACCUGCGCGACAGUGGACGCGAACGGAGUAGCCAGUGGGGCGAGAAAAAAUUAUAGAGCGGUCUAUCUGUGAUUGUUGCGGCGUUUGUGACUGAAAUGAAGGGAACGGUGACUGUAGCGACGGACCCCAUUCACGAAGCCGCGACGAGCGGCGCGGAUCUGGAAGCGUCGGGCAACAGGACGGUGGUAUCCACCAGUGACGUUGUAGCGGGCCUUGUAACAGGUAGCGUGGGGGUGUCGACGAGCAUGGAGGUGGUAACUGGGGGAGGUGGGACUGGUGGUGAAGGUGCGGAAGGGGGAGGUGCGACGGCGGAAGGUGCGACUGGGGCAGGUGCUUCCCAGGAUGGUACCUCAAGUGCAGCGGCGACGAUAAUGAAUUAUGGUGCUGCCGAAUCGACCAUGUGCGAUGUGACUGUAGGCGAUGUGGUUGAGGGUGGAGCGGGAUCGGUGCAGAAAAUGGAGAUAGGUGACUAUAGCGAAGGCAAGGGAGCGUGUGAUGGUAGCGAAGUGACGGAAAUGAGUGCCGUUACCGUGUUGAACGGCGAGCGUGAGGCUACCGACGCAAAGGGAGUCAGUGGGGCUAACGCGGGGGUUAUUGGAAAGGAGGAAGAUGCUCGGGUGAAGGAGGAGGAGACGAAGGUUAGGGUGGAGGAGGAGGGGGGUAGGGUGAGGGAGGAAGAGGUGGUUAGGGUAGAAGAGAAAGCGGAGAUUAAGGGGAAAGAACCAGAGGAGGGUAGGGUAGUGAUGAAGGAGGAAGAGGAGGAGGAGAAGGAGAGUGAGGAAGAUGAGGAGGAGAGUAGUGAAGAGGAGUCAGAUGAAGAGGAGGAAGAGGAGGAAGAGGAGGACGAGGAGGAGGAGGACGAGGAAGAAGUAGAGGAGGAAGAAGAGGAAACAGAGGAAACAGAAGAAGAAGCGGAGGAGGAGGAGGAGGAGGAAUUGCGCAAGGAGAUGGUGAUAGAGGAAGAGGAGGAGGAGCUGGAGAGGCUUGAGGCGCACGUGGGGGAUAUGGGGGACCCGAAUCUCCCGCCCGUCACGAUUCCCGAUGUCAAGGUUGAAGACUCGGAUGAGCUGCUGCCUCUGGGCCAUGUGUCAGCUAUUGUCGAGACAUCAGUGGUGGUGCAAGCAGACCCCACAGCCAGAGCGCUAGAGGAAGGCUCUCUACUCUUCGUAACUGAGCACCGCUGCCUCUUGGGGGUGGUGGAUGAGAUCUUUGGCCCGGUGAAAGCGCCGCUGUACAGUGUGCGAUUCAAUAAGCGAGAGGAGGUGCCGGCGCUGGCGACUGUGGGUGUAGCGGUGAGCUUUAUAGAGAGGAUGGCUGGGUACGUAUUGGAUGAUGCUGCUUUGAGGGCUAAGGGGGGGAGAGGAGACAGGGGAAGAGGAGAUAGAGGGCGGGGAGAUAGGGGAUGGCACAACCAAGGAAGAGGGCGUGAUACUUACAACAGUGCAAAUGGCAGCAGCAGCAGGUAUGGUAACCAAACUGGUGGGUACAGUAACCAGACUGAGGGUUACAAUCGCAACGCGGCUGCUCCUCCUCCAGGCAACCAGCAGCAGUGGCAGCAGGGUGGCAGUGGCCCCGCUCCUAUGAUGGUCAACCCACCUCCUCCCAUUGCGUCCUCCCAUGUGCACCCUCCUCCUCCUCCCUUUGCCACUGCUCCUCCUCCCUACAUGGCCACGCCCCCUCCAUACCCCCUCAUGGCCGCCCCUGCUCCACCCUUUAUGCCUGGUCAUCCUCCCCCUCAAAACUUCCAGCCUGGGAUGACGAUGCAGCAGCCGAUGCAACGACCAGCACCUGCUUACCAGCAGCCCUUUCAUAUGGCUCAGGCCCCUCCCUUCCAGCAGCAGCAGCAGCAGCCGAUGCAGCCAUCACAGGGGACUGCAUACCACGGCGGCAUGCAGCAGCAGCCAGUGUUCCCACAUCAUCCCCCUCACAUGCAGUACCAGCAGCAGCAGCCAGUCCAGCAGCCACAGGCGUACCAGCAAGCACCCCCACUCCAGCAACCACAACCGGUGCCAUACCAGCAACAGCAGCAGCAGCAAUGGCAGCCACAGCAACCACAACAUCAGCAGUACCAGCAGCAGCAGCAAUACCAGCAACAGCAAACGGCAUGGACUGGUAGCAGCGGCCCAUCUCAGGGGCAACCCGGCCAGCAGCAGUGGCCCAUGCAACCCAUGCAAGUGACUCAACCCAUGCACCCAUCGCAGCCCACACAAGACGCACAACUGCGUCCCCCUGGGAUGGAAUGACUCUGAUUUUCAAACAGCGUGGACUGGCAGCAGCAGCAGCAGCAACAGCAGCAGCUCUUUUUUCCAUGCCGCUCUUCCCCAUGGAUGAGGAUUUGGGGGGGAAUACUGUAUGUGUGUGACCCUCAAAGUCUGGCAUGCAUUUUUAACUAGAGAUUUCGACUCAGGUCAAUCACCCUUGUCUGUAGGGCCCUGGAUAUCAGCGAAUUCCUUGGUAGGAAGCAGGAAGUCAGAAAGUCGUGUACGUGACCUUUGGGACAAGCAACUCUGCCUGCAUCUGCUUCACGUUUCCCAUGGACCACAGAUCUGAUCUGAUGGCUGCUCUGCUCACUCAUGGUCUUGGGAAGAGCAGCAAUGCAAAGUUAGGCGCUUGAGCAGAAAGAACAAGAGUAAUAAGUCCUAGGCAAGAGAUUGUCAAACAUAUUUGUAUAUGUUUAGUAGACUACAUAGGGUCAUGCCAUAGAGAGUACAACCCACUAGCUAUAUACCCCUG